AAUGGGUAAUAGGGUAAUGGUAAGAGUGAAAGGGUGCACUAUGUUUUGAAGGUAGUAGAUUGUGGGUUGUCGUAGGUGUAGAUAAAGACUCUCUUGUUUUUCCAUUCUUCUUUUCUUUCUUCUAGAGCAGAGUGGAAAUAGUUUUCUCGAUUGCUCUCUUCUCUUCUGUUCUUUCCUCCUAUUUCGAUGUGUGUGUGUGUUGCUCUGGCUAAACUGGCCUCAAUCCCAGAUUAGAGGCCCUUGAUGGUGAUUAGGAGCAGAAAUUAUUGGUGCCACUAACUCUGUCUCUUUAUCUUUUUUUCUCUCUCCCCUUUCAGCUCUUUUAUCUAUAUAUCUGUUCAAUAUCUGUUCAUCCAUUCACUCUAACCAUUCUAUGUGCAUCCACUUACCAUUUCAGAUACUUAGAUUAGUCCUACUUUGUCAUAGUCACAUCAAGUAAUCAACAAACCAACAAAACUACCAGUCCAUUAAUGGACCAACUAAGCGAUGUCUCCUAAACCACACAAUUAAACCUCAUUUUCUGCUGUCGAAAAUUAUUGUGUCUAGUCAGGAAUAAAUUACUGAAUCAAAUGCUUUUUCAUACAGAGAGCUAUGAAGAAUCACCUGAAUGUUAUAAAGCUUUUUCAGCUCAAAAUAGUUUAUAGUCUUCAAAGCCGAACCCGUUUUUUGUUUUAGAAUACUGUUCAGAAAAAUAUUAGUUUCCCGACAUUUGCAGAAGGAAGUGACUUUUUGUCUUUUUGUGAGAAGUAAGCUAAUCUUUGUUUGUUCAUCCGAGCAAAAGAAGCCCUACCCAAAUAGCAGAGCCAAAACACCAGUUCAAAUAUCUGGCUCAUUCUGGUUAACUACAACUGGGUCUCGCUGCCUGGGAGUGAGCGGAGAUUAGAUUAUACUGUCGGUGGAGUGGAUAAUUGUGUUUUCUCUACCUGCCUGCAUACAUGCCACAGCUAAUCAAACCGACCCGUUUUUAUACUAACUAGCAUUCUAACCAAUACCAAUACCCACAAUACCUAUAAAACCCAGUAGAUCAUUUCGAAUAAAUAAGUCAAAGCUCUACUUUUACCCAGCCCAAUAAGCCAGCCCUUCUUUUAUUCCGACUGGUGCAUCCACUGUUACUUCAUUAUACGGCACUACCAACUACAAUCUGCUUUGCUUCAUAUAUCUGCCUCCUUUCUUUUCUUCUUCUUCUCCUUCUUCUGCUUCCACCUUUUCACUCUUCUUGCCCCAUAUCUCUCUCUUACUAUCGCCUCUUUUUAUUCUCCUUUAUUCUCCCUCUAUCUCACUUUCUCUAGCUCUUUAUUUUCUGCCCAAGUGCAUUCGGCCGCUUGCUACUUUACCCUCUCCCCCAGUCUGUUCAGAUCUCUUAUUUGAUUGCUCUUGUUGUCCUAGUGGUAUUUGAAGAGCCUGUUGCUACUUGAACUGCACCCCUCCAUGUUGCUAUUGCCCCACCAUUCUUUGCUCUUUUCUCAUCAGUCCUAUUGGCCGCUUUCAGAUCUGGGCAGAUUGCCAUAGAUUGUUUUUGAUUGCUCGUCCCAUUAUCUGCCCACUCCUCACUUCAUUCUCUCGACAACAAUUAACAUUCCGAUAAAUCAACCUAAUUUCAGCCCCCCUUUCCUUCCCCAUCGCCACCGUCGCCGCCAUUCGCUCCCUUACUUUCGCCCCAUUUGUACCAACGACCACCAUAACCACAACCACCCCACCAUCAGCCAUAGCACUGAGAAGUACAGCCCAGCCCAGCAGUCCACAAAUCAAAAUCGCCUAUAUUGUCCUCAGUCCUAUUUUGUCAGCCCACAAUUAUAUCUCUCAAGCAGUUCGAACAAGGGCGCACCACUUAAAUGCCAAAUUGGCCCCAAUAUAUUCAAAUUUAACUUUUCAGCCCGUCGCCGCCACAAAGUACAGGUGGAUGCAUCAAUUCGCGUCAUUUUACCCUACUCCAAUUAGAAAACUAUAGUAUGCGCCUUGAUUACCCUGCUGAAAAAGUGUAAUAAGAGAAGUACUCUGAUUUCAGGAAAAGUCCGCUUGAUUUCUAUUCCUAAAAUCACGCUUUCUUACCCCAUCAUACUAAUACUUGCCUACCUGCCUGUGCAAAAGAGUGCUCAUCAUCAUCAGAGUAUCUUAACUCUAACCUGCUCUCACUUUUACUUCGAUAUUUGUUUCCAUCAGUCAAUUUGAGUAGACUCAUUUUUUCACUUUGCUUUUCACAAUCAACAGAAUAUUCUUUCCAGAUCACCAGGCUAAAUUAAACUUACUACCUUCACUAUUUGGUUCUCUAUCUUUAGAAGUUUCUCCUCAUAAAACACUUGGACCAGUUCACCACGUCCAGUGAAGCACCAUCAUUUCCCCCUGGAUUGGAUCUACCCUGAUUGACCUAUCCCGGCAUAUCCUUCUUUUUGCCAGCAAUUCUACUCCCUGUUUUUAAGUAGGGAAGACUAGUUUUUGCAAAUCUAAUCUUAAAACCCAGUAUUUAUAUUUUAAAUUUAUCUUACCUGUUAAAAUUAUUCGUUAUAAUAACUCAAUCUGACGAUUUAAUCAGUAUUCAACCUGUGUAUACCACUGCCAUACUAAAUUCUAGUGAAGUUCUUAUUUUUACGUGUAAUAUAAGGAAACUAGACUGUCAGUCACAUUCGAGAGACAUUGAGACUGACAUUUUUCCUUUUAAGUAGUCCUCAAUUCGACUUUUUAUUCCAACUUUGUUAUUGGUUUACUGACACUUUUCUUUACUUUUAUCCACUUAUUUUUACCACUUAGCGUCUGCGUCUUUUCAAACAGUCUGCGUUAAUCUGCUUAAACUGAAAAUAUGGGUGAGCGAGAACAGUGGGAUAACAAACUGCAGUUUCUGCUAGCCCUGGUCGGCUACGCCGUUGGUCUGGGAAAUGUCUGGCGCUUUCCCUACCUGGCUCAGAAGAAUGGAGGUGGAUGCUUCCUGAUUCCCUACCUUACCAUGUUGUCCCUAAUAGGAGUCCCACUGCUGGCCCUGGAACUAGGAGUCGGCCAGAGACUCCGCAAAGGACCCUGGCAGGCCUACUCUAAUAUAUCCAGAUUCACUUUUGGUAUGGGAAUAGCCAGUGUGGUCGCAUCUUUGGGAGUCGCAGCUUACUACAACACUGUUAUUGCUUGGUGCCUCUACUAUUUUGUGGUAUCCUUCCAGUAUCCACUUCCCUGGGAAAAGUGUCCCCAAACAUUCGAUCCAGUGACCAAUACAUCUGUACCAGUACAAGAAUGUGCGCAGAGUUCUGAUGUGCAGUAUUAUUGGAACAGGAAGGUUCUCAAUAUUUCUCCCGGCAUCGACGAUCCAGGAGAAUUCAACUUCCCCAUGGCCUCGUCUAUUUUCGUAGCAUGGUUUAUUCUAUUCGUCUGCAUGUUCAAAGGGAUCAAAUCACAAGGAAAAGUUAUCUACUUUACUUCUACUUUUCCCUACGUUCUUCUCACCGCUUUCCUAAUCAAAGGACUUUCACUGCCAGGUUCUCUCGAAGGAAUCAAGUUCCUGUUUCGACCAGACUUCUCUAAGUUACUAGACGGACACGUUUGGCUCGCAGCAGCCGAGCAGAUCUUCUAUUCUCUGGGACUGGCGGGAGGCAGCUGUAUUGCAAUGGCCAGUUAUAUGCCACACCACAAUAACUUCCUGCUGGAUACUGUCUGCAUCGCAGUUAUCAACACUUGCACAUCGCUCUAUGCCGCCUGCGUCAUCUUCUCCGUCCUUGGAUACAUCGCCCUGUCCAAGUCCCAGAAGUGUCUCACCGGUCUAGGUCUGGAUUCCUCCUUAGCUGGAACUCUAACAGCCAGCACUGCUAAUGUCACAGGAAUUGAUGCCUCUGGAUGUACCGUAGAAGCAUUCAUGGAAAAAGGAAUAAGUGGGAGUGGUCUGGCUUUCAUGACCAUGGCCGAAGUAUGUGUCGAAUUCGGACCCUCUGGGCCUGUUUGGGCUGCUCUCUUCUACUUCAUGUUGAUUACAUUAGGAUUGGACUCUACCUUUGGAACCCUGGAAUCUGUUUUUGCAUCUAUUCUAGACUUCAAGAGUACCAACAAGUACCUUAAGACUCCUUUUGUGUCUGGAGUAAUAUGUCUGCUAUCUUUUCUGUUUGCACUUUGCUUUGCUGCUGGAAGUGGCGAGUACGUAUUCCAGAUGUUCGACAAUUAUGCCGGCGCUCUACCUUUCGUCUUGCUCGGUAUAUUCGAGUGCAUAGCUAUCGCUUGGGUCUAUGGCCUGGACCAGUUCUCCGACGACAUCCAACUGAUGACUGGAAUGCGACCUCCGUUUCUUCUCAAAGCAUGCUGGAUGUAUUUGUCACCUUUGAUUCUGGCAGUAGCUUUCGUGUGGGGAGCUCUGUUCUCAAUCUUGCGUGAUGGAGCCAUGUAUGCUAUUUGGGUGGCUGAGAAGGGGGUGCAAGAAGACGUGCCCUACCCCACUUGGGCUCAAUACACGUGCAUGUUCCUCACAUCUCUGUCUAUAGUCUGGAUGCCUCUUAUUGCACUAGCAGAAGCAGUUGGACUCCACUUUCCCCAGUUCCCAAGAAGUGACUUCCCAGUGGACGAACUGAGAAAGAUCCACCCUGAAGACAACUACGAGCCCUCCUUUAUUGACCAGAAGUUCUUCAGGAUAACGUUGUCGAGGAGUUACCGGGCGACAGGGGUUGACUUGGCCAAAAGUAAUGGGGGUGCUGACUCCACCGUGCUUGCCUUGGACGGGAAGAAUGACUUCAAUGACAAACAAGUGGCCGACACGCAGGCUUAACUAACCAAAUAGUCUGAAACGCCACAGUCACACAAUAUCAACUGAGUCGAGGUCACUUAGAGCCACAGCAGAAAAUGACGAAGAAAGAAGAAUAGACGACAAAUGGAGACAUGAGACAUGAGACAUUGAUGGACGACCGUGACAUGUCUUUCUAAUCAAACAAGCUCAAAACCAAAAUUAAUGCGAUAUAAAAUGAUCAAUUUGAAAUUACCUUCUGAAUAGCUGCACACAUCUCUAUAUUCAUUAUACUCUAUUUGAAAUCUCUUUUGGCAAUAUAUUGGCUUAUUUGUACUUAUUUUGGUUGUUUGUUUUGAUCUCCGACUUCAGUGAGUCCGAAAUGACAUUUAAAAAACUAACAAACAUGGAAACAAUAUAAAAAUUUCCAUCAAUUUUCGGCAAACUUUUCAACUUUUGGCUCACUUGACAUUAAUUUAUACCCCCAUAACUUGAUGUUGCUUCAUCCAUGCCCCUCUGUAGCCUAUAUGUAUGGUACAAACAGUUAAACAAGAAAAUGAAGUAGUAUGUAGAUGUACUUAACCAUAAAUGGCGUGAAAACAUGUUGAAUUUUAUCAGUGUUUUAUUAAUUCAGUAUCGCCAUCCCAUUUCAACCUUGUAAAACAAUUGAGCGGUAUUUAAAAA